AUGCUUCGCCGCCCGGCCACUUCCCUCACCAUCACGUCCGAGGACGUCGCGGCCUACGAGGACCGCCGCAGCCGCGAGGCCAUAGCCCUCGACCAGCAGCAACGGCAGCAGCAGCAGCAGCAGGGGGGAGAUGCCACCGCCUCCGGCAGCCCCAACGCGGAGGACGUGCUUCGGCGGGCACGCGAGGAGAGAAUCGGCGUGGGGAGGAGACGCGCACCGCCGGGCCCAGCCAGCCUGGAUCAAGCAACUCUAUUGUUUCCUACCUUCGCUUUUUGGUCUGAAGAAGUUCGCCUCUUGUGA